GCGAGGAAGGGGAAGAAGAAGAAUUUGAAUCACGUGACUACUGUUGAACCAGGAAGAUCCACGGUGUUACCAAAACAAAUCAGGACUACCUUGUAGAGGCGCUACAAAUAACUUAUUAGUCGUCUCCUGGUAUUAUCUUCGCUUGGACAUGGAUGAAACACUCUUUCAGUUAAAGUUCACUUCCAAGCAGCUGGAGAGGCUGGCCAAGAAGGCAGAGAAGGAUUCUGAAAAAGAGCAGGCAAAGGUCAAGAAGGCACUGCAACAGAAAAAUGUGGAAUGUGCCAGAGUUUACGCGGAGAAUGCCAUCAGGAAAAAGAACGAAGGCCUUAACUGGCUGCGCAUGGCGUCUCGAGUCGAUGCAGUGGCCUCUAAAGUCCAGACUGCUGUUACCAUGAAAGGCGUGACCAAAAGCAUGGGUCAGGUCACCAAGGCCCUGGACAAAGCUCUGAACUCCAUGGAUCUCCAGAAGGUCUCUGCCGUCAUGGAUAAGUUUGAAAGCCAAGUCCAGAACCUCGAUGUCCACACUUCAGUCAUGGAGGAUUCCAUGAGCUCAGCAAUGACACUGACCACGCCUCAGGAGCAGGUGGAUGACCUGAUCCACCAAAUAGCAGAACAGAACGGCCUGGAGGUGAUGGACCAGCUCAACCAGCUGCCUGCCGGGGCUACCUCAGUGGGUGCAGAGAGCUCACGGAGCCAGGAGAAAGAGGACCUGCUGUCUCGACGGUUGGCAGCUCUACGGAACUAAAAGCUGCUGCAGGAGAGGCGACGGGGCUGCGUGGAAACAGACAACUUCAAAGAUGGCGACAACGAGAGCUGUGUGUGUUUCUAUUGAACUGUUCCUACUGGGAGGACUUAAUGAGCCUAUUGAUUUACCAACCUUCCCCCCCGUCUGCUCUAUAAAUAAAUACACACAAACACACAGCAGAAGCAGCAGCACCUGAGAAGGCACGGGCGUCUCUCUCUGGCUCACCUUCCCUUUUCGAUCCAUCUUCCUCUGUUAUUCCCCUUUGGAAUCUCAUUUUACCUUCACCCUUCUUCCUUCCCCUUUUCAUCCCUUUUGUCGAAUCACGGGCUUUCAGGUUGAAGAUUUAUACAAAAACACCUUUUACAAAAUGAUGAGUUUUAAAGAGCAGUUGUAUUGAUUAUAUGGGGGUUGGGUGAGGGUCAGAAAGGGUUUAAAUUCUUUGGAAGUGAUAGGAAAGGAAAUAUCAGUUGACAAUAGACUUUGGAAACACUACCCCACUGAACUCCUUCCUUAGUCAGAUUUUUCCAAUCUUCAUGAUUUUGUUUAACACUGCAAACCAAAAAGGACAAUCUUUAUGUUUCAGGGUGAUAUUUUCUUCUCUUGUUUUUAUUCAGGAUUUAUUUUGGAUUGUUUCUCAUGCCUGUAUUCAGACCUUUUAUUUUUGCUUUGAACGCCUUAUUUGGAAUGCAGAUGCUUGCAUAGGUGCUUCCCCGCCAGUGCCUGAUGGAUGGUCUGUUGUUUAGAAAGUGAGAGAAAGGAAUUUUCCAUUGCUCUUCCUGCCAGCCGAGCCUGAGAUGCUUUUGUCCUGUUCCAGCCAACUUCUACGCUGUCUGUGAACAACAGAGCCUCAGGUUUACAUUUAUUAUCUGUGUCUCUGUAGCCCGAUCUCUUUUGUGGUUUUUAAGGCUGAGCUUUUGAUUUUUAGUGGCAUUGAGAUAUUUUCGUACGCUUCUGUGUCUCAAAAUAACACGAUUGUCCCCCAUCUGUCUCCGUUCCACCCUGAAUGAUUUCAGGAGGUAAGUCACAUCAGAUGUGCAGGGAUGUGCUGGACUCCUAAUUUGCCUUGCAAACCACACAUUUGCUUUUUGGUUAAGCAGGAAGUGAACUGGAGGAGGAUUUAGAUUAGGAGCCGUUUUAAAAUAAAAUGUACAACAGCGUCAGAAUGUGUUAACAAGAUAUCAGGAGACUGCUUCUCAUUUUUUGUUUUGAACGCUCAUAGCUCAGCGUUGACUUGUUGAGGGCUUUGACUUGUUUUGGUGUUUCCUUCUUUGAGUGUAGACAUCACGCGGGCGAACUGGAAGAAGCCAGACCUCCACCUAUAACAGAGCAGCUUCACCCUUGGGAUAAUGUUUUCAGUUUCUUCUCCAUUUUUAACAGGAGGGUUUAUUUAUACUCUGGUUCCUCAUACUCUGCAGCACUUUUGUUUUGUAUAUUUAUCUUGUGAAAAUAAAGUCAUACCCUAUUACGCUGA